AUGCAGUUGAUACUUGUCAGAUUACAAGAGAAUUUAGAAUAUGCGUACGAAUAUGUGUGGGGUAUGCCUAUUGAUGAGAACGCUCCAAAUGAUAUUUCUAUGAGCGAGACCACUCCAGAGAUUACAACUAUGGGUGAAACCACUCCAGAGACUACAACUAUGCGUGAAACCACUCCAGAGACUACAACUAUGCGUGAAAGCACUCCAGAGACUACAACUAUGCGUGAAACCACUCCAGAGACUACAACUAUGGGUGAAAACACUCCAGAGACUACAACUAUGCGUGAAACCAAUCCACAGACUACAACUAUGGGUGAAACCAUUCCAGAGACUACAACUAUGGGUGAAACCACUCCUGAGACUACAACUAUGCGUGAAACCAAUCCAGAGAUUACAACUAUGGGUGAAACCACUCCAGAGACUACAACUAUGCGUGAAACCACUCCAGAGACUACAACUAUGGGUGAAACCAAUCCAGAGACUACAACUAUGCGUGAAAGCACUCCAGAGACUACAACUAUGCGUGAAACCACUCCAGAGAUUACAACUAUGCGUGAAACCACUCCAGAGACUACAACUAUGCGUGAAACCACUCCAGAGACUACAACUAUGCGUGAAACCACUCCAGAGACUACAUCUAUGGUUGAAAGCAUUCUAGAGACUACAACUAUGCGUGUAACCACUCCUGAGACUACCACUAUGAGUGGAACCACUUCUGAAGGUGCAGCUAAGACUACAAUGACAACUUCUACGAUGGAUACUUCUACUUCAACGCGUAAACCUGAUGACUCAAAAGGCAAAGGCGGUGAGUCGGUGUUUUAA